AUGUCAAGUACAAAACCACAAGCUACUAAACCGACUAGCGCUCGUCUUUGUUUUCCUCAAAGAGUCUACAAUGUACUCAAACUGUGUGAAGAUACUCAUCAGGAACACAUAGUGUCGUGGGUGAACGAAGGGGCAGCCUUUAGAGUGCACGAUGUGAAAGAGUUUGAAUGUGAAUUGCUUCCCAAGUACUUCAACACUCAGAAAUACUCCAGCUUUACUCGAGCGUUGUGUGCCCAUGGAUUUGAUUGUGUCAGAACUGGAAGACAAACCGGGAUUUACUCCCACCCCAAGUUCACUCGCAACGAUCCCGAGGCUCCGUCUAUGAUGAAAAGAGUGAAGAGAGUGAAACAUGCAAAAGUAUUGAACAAAAAGAUAUCAAAUGUAAGCCAAGGGGACUUGUCAUCGGUGGGAGGUGGAAAACGAUCUUUUAUGUUUCCAUCGUUUCUGAACAAUGCCCACACAGUCAUGAAUGAUGAUGAUUAUGCAUCAGUUUUUGGUCGGCUGUACCAAACUGUUGCAUCUCCAAUUGCUGAUCGAACAAAAACAACAGUAAAGGCAAUGAUUCAGCACCAUCACCAUCUACGUUUUGUCAGCUUAGACAGAAGUGGUGGCGGUGAGAGUACGGGUGAACAAUCACCAUGCAUUCCCAUCCCUUCAUCGGCGUCAGUUGCACUGCCUAGUUCCUACCAUAUUGCAGCAGACUACAAUACGACAAUCUUGGACCAACAAAACCAGCAUGGUCAUCUUGCUCAUCAUUACUCUGGUUCAAUCCGCGAUGAUGACUUGGUACCGAUUUCGUCAUCAACGAGUGAGGGAAAUGCUUUGGAAGGUGCUGGUUUUGAGCCGCUAUCCUGCUCACCCCACACUACAUUGAAUAAUCGCGGCAUUCUUGAUCAUUCCGAAGACGAGGCAUUUAUUUCAUUCUGGUAUGGAGCCGAGAAGCAUUAA